AUGGCCAUGGUGGUGGCGGAGAUGUGCCCCAACCUCACAACCCUCGACUUGUUUAGCUGCUCCAACAUCACCGAUGCGGCAGUGGUGGCGGUGGCCGGUGGCUGCCCCAACCUCACAACCCUCAACUUGUUUAGCUGCUCCAACAUCACCGAUGCGGCAGUGGUGGCGGUGGCCGGUGGCUGCCCCAACCUCACAACCCUCUACUUGGAAUACUGCUCCAACAUCACCGAUGCGGCAGUGGUCGCCCUCGCCGGUGGCUGCCCCAACCUCACAACCCUCGGCUUGGACAACUGCUCCAACAUCACUGAUGCGGCAACGGCCAUGUCAAUUGCCUCGGCUGUGCUCAACAAGUCCGACAGCGCCAAUAAUCUGGCUACAAAGGAAGUCUACAACCUCAUCGUUGGUACAAGCUCUAUCCCGGAGCGUGUUGCUGACCACGUCCGUGAGGCCAUCGCUGCUGGUGGCGACAUUGGCGGCGGUGCAGGCGCCUCUGCUGGGACCUCCACUCGCGUGGACAAACUCGAGGCCGAGCUCGCCGACACCAAGGCCGAGCUCGCCGACACCAAGGUCGAGCUCGCCGACGUCAGGGAUCACGUCACCAUCGCCACGGGCAACAUCGCCGCCCUCCAGGCCGACCGCGCCAACAUCCUCCAGCACGUCGACAAGGCCAUCGCCAUCUUCCAAGCACGCCGCUAGUCCUACGGCUCAAAUCUCUCCUCGUGGUGUGCCGCAGCGCCCACACCGCCGCCGGGACAUCGUCCGCGGGCGACGCGAUGCCGCACUAAAAC